UCUCCCGUGGCAACUCGUGACGCUUGAUUUGUGGCAUUUAAUAUGUUUAACUGUCAUUCAGUUAAAUGGGGGCGUAAUUAAUUUUAAAUGACUUGACAGAUGUUAGCAAAAUAAACAGGAUAAUCUUUCACCUUCUAACAAAAAUUGAAAAAAUAAAAUGCCUGGAGAAGGGGGAACAGCUACAGUUAGUUUGCCAGCUCUGACACCAAGGAAUGUGCCCCGUCGGUAUGAGGAAACACGCCCCGUCCUCAUACAAGGCUGUGCCCAUUCUAGGAUUAUAGGGUUGGGUAAUGAGCUACACAGGAAGGAACAGGAGAAGGCGGAGAAUGAGAAAUUACAUGCGAUACGUUUGGCUGAGAAGGCAGUGUGGGAGGAAGCAGAAAAGUUGAAGGCCAUUGCCCUCGCCAAGGCCAACGAGGAGGCUGCAAUAGAGCAAGAAAGAGUCAUUAGAAAACUAAAGAAACAGCAUGGCAAAGCUUUGCUGGUAUAA